ACGAGAACAGGGAAUCAGCCGUCUCUGAACGUUGGUCAAAAUCUUGGGAUCCUUCUAAUCGACCCCGAAAAAGUGGAACCGCCAGCUGUUGCAAAUCAAAUUCCGUGGCGAUAGCUCAUCAGGCUAUCCUCAACAAUUACCAACAUGAAAACUUUUAAAUUGAUUGCGCAUCAAAAGCAUUUUAGCGAAGAAGAAAUAAUUUUGAGCUCAAAGGAUUUUCCCCAUGUGAAAGUAAGGGAUGUAGUUGAAAUAUACCACCCUGAUGUUGUGGGCUCAAGAAUUUUGCUUCAAGUGCAUUCGUUAAAAGAUGAUAUACAGACAAAAGAUACAAUCAGUAUUGAGCAAUCCAUAGUGAGUUUGUUUCAACUGCAAAUAUUUUUUGGUGUCCAUGUGACCGUGGUGGAUCCAACAUCUGCUGCCCUAGACUCUGUGGAAUUAACUUUCAAAGAUCAAUACCUAGGACGAAGUGACAUGUGGAGGUUGAAAAACUGCCUUAUAGGCACCUGUUUGUACAUUGGGAAAAAAUUAGAGUUUUGCAGCAAAUCGGUUAGGUGCCAGGUUCAUGAAAUGUGGGGCCAAGGUGAAAGAGUAUCAUGUGGAGUAAUUACUGAAGACACCAAAAUUGUAUUUCGAUCCUCAACAAGUCAAGUAUACCUAUUUUUGCAAAUGAGCUCGGAAAUGUGGGAUUUUGAUAUAUAUGGAGAUCUCUACUUCGAAAAAGCUGUAAAUGGCUUCUUGUCAGAAUUGUUUGCUAAGUGGAAACGUCAUGGAUCUAACCAUGAGGUUACCAUUGUUUUAUUUUCCCGAAUUUUUUAUGAAGCAGAAUCAUUAGAAUACUUCCCAGAGGCAGUACGAGCAUGCCUACAAAAAGAUUACCGAGGAAAAUUUUAUGAAGACUUUUAUCGUGUAGCCGUCCAGAGUGAACGAAUGGAUGACUGGGCAUGUGUUCUGCCACAGCUCAAGUUACUCUUUCAUGAUUGGCAGAACACAGUUUUAGGAUAUCAUCAACAAAAUCACCCUGGAAUGAAUAUUCCCAAAGGCGUGAAUUCAUGCGCAGCCCAGGGCAACUUCCUUGAGGUGCUGAAUAUGUCUCUAAAUGUGUUUGAAAAACAUUACCUUGAUAGAAGCUUUGAUCGGACGGGCCAACUUUCUGUAGUUAUCACACCUGGGGUAGGCGUAUUUGAAGUAGAUCGUGAAUUAACUAACAUUACAAAGCAACGAAUCAUAGACAACGGUGUGGGCAGCGAUCUCGUCUGCGUGGGUGAGCAACCUUUGCAUGCUGUUCCCUUAUUGCAAUUCCACAAUAAGAGGCAUUGCGCUGCUUCCAAUGACUUUAGUAUGCCCCAUUGGAUCAAUCUCAGCUUCUAUUCAUCUAGCAAGCGGAUUGGAUAUUCCACAUUUCUUCCACGGAUAAAAAUGGCUCCUAUCUUGAACAAGGAGACAGCCCAGCAUAAAAAUAAAACUGCGGGAUUGCUUUCUUCUAAAGCGAGUAGUGCCAUCAAAGUUGAAAGUAGUUUGCCUAACUCUGUGUUUGAUUACGAUGCGUACGAUGCAAAAGUGUUUGCACUUCCAGUCUCUCGUACGAGCAAGGUUCAAACUUUGAUGCGGGAAAGCCGUCACCGUAAAACCACAACUAUCUCUUCGGAGACGAAUCGGUUUGAUCGAGGACGAGUUAACGGGAGGAAAUCUCGUGUACAAGAUGCUGAUGUUUCAUUCACCAGUGGUCGUCCUGGAGAUGGAUUGAGCAGCUCAUUGAUCAGUGCACCUACCAUGCUUAGUUGUUCGCUAACAAAAACUCCUUCGGUAACCAUUCCUAAAAGAUCGGCAGCCGACGACAAUUUUAUUGUUACUUGUGGUGCAACCGCUCCUCAUGCUCGUGCGCGAAGACCUAGUGGAGGUGAAGAGCGACUGGAAGAUCGCAGAUUCAGUACUCUCAGAGUAGUAGUAGGAAGCGCUGGAUCACCUUGUGCCCUCGGAGGCAACACCGUUACGACAAGCGCAAACCCUUCUGCUCUUAAUUUUAAUCCAAGUACGCGCCAAAUUAAAACUGGUCGAGCUUUAAUCAAUCCAUUUGAUCCCAGCAGAGUAACAAUCAAACUAACCUCCAAUCGGAGAAGAUGGACACACAUUUUCCCUAAAGGUCCCACGGGGGUUUUAAUUCAACAGCAUCACUAUCAAGCAGUCCCGGCAAGCGAAGAAAAAUUAACAUCUAGCAGCUUUGGCGUUAAUCUGACUAGUGCCAACUUAGAUUCUUCCAGUGGCGGAGGAAAUUCAAAUCCAAAAGGAAGACAGCGCCCGAUGAAUCGGAGUUUAACUCUUCUUUGGGGAGCUACCGGUGAACAAGAAUGGACUCCCGCACUAACCACUGGCGUCGACUGGAAAUCUUUAACCAUUCCAGCUUGCCUUCCUAUCACCACGGAUUAUUUCCCCGAUCAACGAAGUCUUCAGAACGAUUUUCUAGUCUCUGAAUAUUCCAUCAUCCCUGAUGACGUAAAUGGCAUCAGUGUAAAUGAUUAUGGCCAACAGCAAAAGCUUUCCUUCCGCAGACCGCUGGAAACAAAGGAGGUCUUUUUAGAAUUGAUUAGUCAACGACUCAGUCAGGGAUUUCAGCUCAUCGUUCUUCCGCAUACAUACUCAACCCACAGUCAAGAAUAUUUACUGUCAAUUGGACGAAUUUUCCAUAAAAUUAUUCUUAAAGGAUCAACUAUAACAGUAACAGGCUACAGGCCUCGACAUCCUUACCCUACAUGCAAUAUUCAUUAUCGCUAUCGACUUCAAACUCCUGAUCACCUGACGUACGAGAUUUCCUGGGUGGAUUUUAAUGCUGAAAAACUUGAAAAUUAUAACUGGAACCAUUUGGAUCAUUAUAUCUGCACUCGUGGUGAUCGAGACUUUGCUUUAACCGAGUCCCUAAAAUACUGGCGCUUACGCCUGUGCGUCUUACCCACUCACGACUGUCCUUUUACGGAAAGAAUUCUUAGAUUUCUUGACACUUGCGUAAACCGCGUGAAGCACCAUAACCCAACGAAGAAACCUAGGCCCCCUGCACCUACCAUGUUUCGUGAUCGAGGUGGUAGUAACCGCAUUCCGGAUAGACCUCGUCCCCGUGCUUCAUUGGUAGAAACUAGAAGUCUACAUCAAUCUUCUGGCGACCACGGACUUCCAAUAGCUGAUAAUCAGUUUUCCACUGAUGAAUGCAUCUACAGUGUGACACGCACCAGAGUCGCUUCAGGGUCGGCAGCUAUAGUUGAAGCCAUGAAAUCUUCUAUAGGAGGGAUUACGUUUUUAGAAGGGAAAAUCAAUGAUUUACCUCCAUACACAUUCAUUAGCUACGAAGCUGUCGCCUGGCUCUUGGAUCAGGUAGAAGGCAUCACCACUGAACAAAACGCCAUCGAACUGAUGCAAAAAAUGAUCGACGAACGGCAUGUUUGCCAUUCUUCUGGCAACGACAAGAUCAAGUUUUGCUGUGGAUUCUAUCUUUUCUCUUUAGUUAGCGAAGCGUUUACACCAGGAUGUGUUUCCGAAAAUUUUGACUGCGAAUGGGCAGAAGUGGAAUUCGAAAAUAGUUUCCCACCACCGUGUGCCUCUUCUAUAUUGGCUAAUCCAGAGCCUGCGAAGUAUCAGUUCAUGAUAGCGGAUCCUGAAGAAUUCAAAUCUGUGGCCUCUCAGUACGUGAACCGCUAUGAUCAAAUGUUACGUUACAAAUCUUCAAACCUUGAAAUGGAUAUAAGCAGCAAGAGUGACCGAAACGAAUGGGGACAUCUGCGUUAUCAAAGUGUUUUGUACUCAGACGCAACUCUUGAAUUUAUCUUCCAGUGGGUUGUUUGUACGGGCCCUCUCGUAGCCGAACUACUUCAGAAUUGGCUUAGGAAGGCUCAAAACUGUGGAGUAAAUUUGGUCCCGAUUCCUUGUGACCCGUUUUCCUUGCCAAUGUCUCAUAAAGCUGAUCCACUCCGUGCACCCAUUUUCGUUCCUCUGAAUAUUUCAGCCCUGAACUGUGACGGAAGAACGUUUUUCGAAGAAUAUCCGCAAGAUUCAUGGCCGCAGCGUCUUCUUCUUUUUCAAGAAAGCAUCGCACGCCAUUUUGGUUUCUUGCCUUGUUCUCCCGAUCCGGCUUCUCCAACUGCUUCGUCAAGGGCCAACGUUCGCCCACCCCUUCCGCCUCUUCAGUUCAUCCAUACAUCUGGAACUGUUUUUGUUUUGAUAUUAAGUUCAACCAGUAACGAAAACGAUGUAGUGCAUCCUUCACCACAGCGACCGCAGCGAACAAAUUCCAAUUGGCUACCGAAUUCAGCUAUGCUUUCUCCUACAGAUUCGUCUUUAACUCUUAGUUAUAUCACACGUCAUGUUGUUGAGCGUCAAACGUGGCAACAAAACCAAGAAGUUCGUGUUGGCUUUUUGUCGUGUUCUGUGACUGACAAGUUAUUUUGAUAGUUGAAGCAGAGAAAUAAUGGCUAGUAAAGUAGAAAAGAGAAAAGUAACCAAGGCAAAAAAAAAAGAUGAUGUUGAAGUAAUGCAUCCAACCACCAAGCCUACCAGCGAAGAAAUUGCAGUUGCAAAAUGGAUUAAAGCCAAUGUUCCUUGCAAGAAAACAAAAUUUCUCAGUCACAGUGUAGAGUACUUCACAGCCUCCAAAGCAGUUG